CUUGUCUCGAGCCUUUACAACUCCAAGCAAUCGUCGGUCUUUCCAAGAAACUCUAAACAUUCCUUCUACGACCUGCAACUGAAGAUGACAGAAAUCAAACGUUUCAAGCUUUGGGGCCGCGGGACCAUUACCUGAGCUUUUGAGGGAAGCCCUAGUCGAAACCUAACAAUUUUAGCGAAAUCGACCCUGGACCUGCUUGUUCUGGCGCUCUAGCUGCUCCAGAGGCGAUAGAAUAGCUCAGGUUUUUGGGCGCCGGGCGCCAUGGCGUCGCUGUUUAAGCCCUCGUCGCGGUCAGCACCGCCACCAUGCCAGUCGCGCUCUGGCUUGCUGCCGCGCCACGGCUUCUUAGUUGCCCGCCCCACAGCAGCCCCAGCAGCCCCCCCACGUGUUGUGCAGAGGCAGGUUGUGCCAACUGGCGGCAGUUCCAAUGUACAGCAGCCUCACUUGCUUCCUCUGCGUUUGGUUGGGGAGGCAACUGUGACUGUGAUCAACCCAGCUGGCCUGGGGUUUCCAGCCCGGGAACAGCUCCCAGUCAUCACUGUGCACAACCGGCAUGCCCACCAGCUUGCCAAGGACGUUGUGUACGACCAGGCAACCACCGGAGCAAUCAAGGAGGUGUACACGGCCCUCGGUGCCUUCUCCAAUGGCACCCAGGAGAUGCCCUCGCUGGGCAGGGGGGCUGGUGCGGUGCUGCAGGAGGUGGCGGACAAGUGCACCAAGGAGAAGGAGGAAGAGAAGCAGGCAGCAUCCAUCCUGGGCAAGGCAGCACUUGCUGCCAAAGCCAUUGAUGCUGGCAGUCAGCUUCUGGGCCUGGGUGAUGACCGCAUUGUGAAGAUGCGUGCAAAUGCCAUCUGCGAUCAGGACCCAAACAAGCUGUACAUGGUGGCCAACAAGCACAAGGACAACCAGCCGUCAGGCAAAGAUACCAAGGAGCAGUGGCAACGGCACCGUUCUGAGGUCAAGAGUCUCACCAACCUGUCAGCACGCAUCUACCACCUGUACCUGGUGGAUGGUGAUGGCCAGGAGCUGAUCAUCAAGCUGGGCCCUGGAGACACGGUCUACAUGUGUGGAGAUGUUCUCAAGCUGGUCUACCACUGGGCGGAGGCCCAGGACGGACGCCUGGUCAUCAUCCGUGCUUCCAAUGGCAGCAUUGAUGAUGUGGCAGCAAGGGCAUGGGCGCUGCCAUGGCUGGAGGACUCCUUCUCAUGGGAGCCACUGGAGCUGCUGCCUCAUGCCGGUGAGCUGGUGGAGGUGCCUUCAUUCACCAGUGGUGGGAGGACACCCUUCCCUCAUGGCGCUGACCACCCAUGCUAUGGCAAGGCCCCUGCAAACGCCUUCCCCAGCGGCAGCAGGCACCCCAAUUUUGGCCAGCCACCUGCAAACGCCUUCCCCAGCGGCAGCGGCAACCCUGGUUUUGGCCAGCCACCUGCAAACGCCUUCUGCUCAGGUGAUCAAAACUGUCGCCGGAACCCACACGCACCCCUUCCAGAAGUCAUACAGCGGAUCCUGCUGGUGGCCAACAUGGCCAUGCCACAUGUGCGGGGUGCUGGCUUUGCAGAGAUGGUUAGGUACCUUGGAGAGGGUCUGGACAGGCAGGCAACCCUGGGAGCUAGUAGUAGCAACCAGCUCCAGGUGCAGCCACACAGCCUGCCUGCCUUUAAGCUGGAGUGGAAAGCCAUCAUCAAUGGGCUGAAGGAGAAGCAGCCUAUGCCCGGGCUCUCGUACAGCAAAAUCCCCAAAUGCCACCCAUCAUAUAAUGCCAUCAGGAUGAAUCUGGUACAGCUGCGGGCAAAAGGCAAGCUGCCGCCACUGGCAGCAAGCAAAGCCACCAAGCGCAGCGGGCAGCAGCCUCCUCCCGCCAAGCGGGGCCAGCUGCAGGCACCCAGGAGCAGCGGCACCUGCGGCGACGGGGCCCCGGCGAGCAGCAGCGGUGUGGGCACUGGCUCCGGUGGGCUGGGGCUGGUGCAUGCAGCGGCAGACACGCUGAUGGGGGGUGGGAACGGCGGGCAGCAGCCUCCUCCCGCCAAGCGGGGCCGGCUGCAGGCACCCAGGAGCAGCGGCACCUGCGGCGACGGGGCCCCGGCGAGCAGCAGCGGUGUGGGCACUGGCUCCGGUGGGCUGGGGCUGGCGCAUGCAGCGGCAGACACGCUGAUGGGGGGUGGGAACGGCGGGCAGCAGCCUCCUCCCGCCAAGCGGGGCUGGCUGCAGGCACCCAGGAGCAGCGGCACCUGCGGCGACGGGGCCCCGGCGAGCAGCAGCAGUGCAGGCCUCAGCAUCGCAGAGAUGGCUGCUCUCUGUGACAAACCAAGGCCGCAGCCAUCUGCAAUGGAGGUGGACCGUGCCAUGAAGGCGCUGAAGGACUGGAAGCCACCACCAGCGCCGCCUGGCAGCAUUCCCAUGCAUCUGCGGCCGGCGGCACUGCAGGCCAUGAUAGUAGCAAUCCAGGAGGGUCUCUGCCCCAAGGAGGCGGCAGCUGUGUUUGUGACAGAAGUUGUGCGGUGAGGUAGGGCGAUGCAAGGGCAAUUGUGGAUGCAGUCCCCAAAUUAUGUGGGGAUGACAAAACUUGCACAGUGAGGGUGCCAGUUGCGUGGAGAUGAAAGGAGUUGCGGUGGAGGAUGGCACAAGGGCAUAAGCCGGAGGUGUGUGCAGAAUCAUGGCCAGCACACAGCCUUUGAUUAGCUGAAGCCAAAUGUUGGUGUGUACUAGAGUACUAACGGGUAUUGACAGCCAUGGCAAUGACAAAGGAGGGUUGCUGCCCCAAGGAGGCAGCGGCUGUGUUCAUGCAAGGGAUGGCAAACAUUGUGUGUUGAGGGUGGUGGUGGCGGGACGAGUGGGGCAGGCACCCGGUGGAGGAGCACAUGAUAGGGCAGGACAGUCGAGGGAGGGGCUGGAGGGUGUGGCACCCAUGUCAUUUCCACGCCUUGACCCCCAGAGAACAGGCAAGUAGGAAGCCAAAGCGU